CUUUCCCCUCAUUUUCUCUCUCCCUCCGUCUGCGCUUUUUCUCGCUUUUUCUUUCCUCUUUCGUCUUCACCCCUGCCACGUCUGCUCCUCUUCUUCCUCCUCUAUCCUACGCCUCUCCCCACCUUCCCCUCACCCUUUGCUGGCGCAUUUUAGAUGCGACCCAAUACAGGAGAAACCAGAACUGGAAGGAGAGCUAGUUGGACGGAAUGGAUCGAUGGAUACAUGUGUAUAUGAUAGGUAUCUGAAGAAUCUUCACGGUCUUUUGAUGGACCUGCUAACUUGCGCCUUACUCCUCCAGUCCCCGGGGGCGAUCCCUAGCUUUUAUCCUUUCUUCAUUUUUUCGACUUGCUUAAUCUAUUUGUAGCUCCUCUUUCUUCGUCGUAUCUUGCUUUACAUAUGAAUCCUGGCCGGAGGGUUGCUCGGACUGAGUUUGAAGGGGAUCGCUUUCCCAUGGAAUUUCUCUAGUGUUCUUUUUUUUCCCCCUUCUUUUUGCUGCCUUGGUUUUGGGUGGGCUGAAUUGGAGGGAGGUUUUGAACAAAGGUUGGGCUGCCAUGGAAGAGGGGAACGAGGAGUUGGCCAACAUGGAUUGUGGUGGUGCUACUGCUGCUGGUACCAGUGCGGAUGGAGGGGAUGGUUUCAUUGACAGAAGUAAAGUUAGGAUCCUGCUCUGUGAUAAUGACCUCUCCAGCUCCGAGGAGGUUUACACUCUUCUUUUGAAGUGUUCUUAUCAGGUUACAUCAGUCAAAUCUGCUAGGCAGGUGAUUGAUGCCCUGAACGCCGAGGGGCCAGAUAUUGAUAUCAUUCUUGCGGAGGUUAAUCUUCCAAUGAAGAAAGGCAUGAAGAUGCUGAAGUAUAUAACUCGCCAUAAGGAUUUGCGGCGCAUUCCAGUAAUCAUGAUGUCAGCUCAUGAUGAGGUUUCGACUGUUGUCAAGUGCUUGAGAUUUGGAGCAGCUGAUUACCUUGUUAAGCCUUUACGCUCCAAUGAGUUAUUAACUCUAUGGACACAUAUGUGGCGGAGAAGAAGGAUGCUUGGAUUGACGGAGAAGAACAUUGUGAACUAUGAAUUGGACCUAAUUGCAUCAGACCCGAGUGAUGCUAAUACAAAUAGUACGACUCUGUUCUCUGAUGAUACAGAUGACAAGUCACGGAAGAGCAACAACCCUGAGACUGUGGCAUCAAUUCAUCCAAAUGAUGAAUCUGUUGUGGCUGCUGCUGCUGAUGCCGUUGCCGCUGCUGAUGCUUUUAUCAUCACCGAACCUCUGCAUGGAAAUCCCCGAGAAUAUCUGCCUGCUGUCCCAGGAAUCACUGACCGCCGUCGUGCUGGAAACUUCUCAGCUGGCCCAAAGAAGAGCGAACUGAAGAUUGGGGAAUCUUCUGCCUUCUUCACAUAUGUCAAAUCAAGCCCAGUGAAAAGCAAUGCCCAAGAUGUUGUUGCUCAAAUUGAGGAGAGUAGGUCGAGGAUGGAAGAGAGAGUUGAUCAAAGCUAUGACCAGCAGCAGGCAUUUACCAACACUCAAUUACCGGAAAACGGGGAGGCUUGGGAAAGUUAUUCACAAGGAGAUGACUUCCGAAGCAGUGCUAGUGUCCCGGAUUCUCUUUCUCUAGACAGAUCUUGCACCCCUCCUGGAUCGAGAGACUAUCCCAAGUUGAAUUUCAAGGAAGAAAAUCUACAGCACAUGCUUCUUGGGAACCAUCAGAGAAAUGAAUCUCGACCUCAAGCUACAGGUAUACAAACACAAAAUUUCUAUUCGUAUUACAUGCAAGGGGUAAUGAAUCAAGUUAUGAUGCCAUCAUCAUCGUCGCAUCUACACGAAAAGAAUAUGCUUGAACUACUACAGAGUCAGGCUCAGUACAACAAUCAUCUUAUACAGCAUAAUACGAGCACCCAUGUACCUGGCCAGCCACCACCACCAUUUCCCUAUUACCCAGUUAGCAUAUGCUUACAACAACCUGGUCAAAUCCCUAGUAGUACCAAUAAUUCAUGGCAGCCAUCAUUUGGAGGUGGAGGCUCUUCUUUGGCAGAAUCCAGCAAAACAAACCAAGUAGAUAGAAGAGAGGCAGCACUGAUCAAGUUCCGGCAGAAGAAGAAAGAACGUUGUUUUGCUAAGAAGAUACGGUAUGUUAACCGGAAAAAGCUUGCUGAAAGGAGGCCUCGUGUGCGUGGACAGUUUGUUAGGAAGUUAAAUGGUGUGAAUGUGGAUCUCAAUGGGCAUCCAGCUGGUACUGAUUAUGAAGACGAAGAAGAGGAUAACGAUGAACUUGCAUCAAGAGGCUGUACCCCUGAGGAUGAGGCAUCUUGA